AUGAACAAUAAGGAGCGCUCGAGACCCGCGUCGGCCAGCAACUCCCUGACGAGACAGAAGUCCAUCAAUGGCCUCAGUCCUGCGCCGCUGCCUAGAGAUGCAUCAAUUGCGCGCACCGCAAGAGCCGACUCCAACCCGAACGACGACCUUGACCAUGACCCUGACCCUGACCAUGACCGCGACCCCGAUGACGACGAUCCACUUCAUAUUUCUCUGAAGGCCUGCUACGAUGCCUCGCAAUCCAAGAUCGCCCAGCUCUUCUCGCGCCAUGCCCUACCGCUGUCUAACGAGGAAUCUACAUCACAUCGUCCUGCUCACGACCAAUCACCCUUCGACCACACCACCCCACCCAUACCUCCCCCUCCGCUCAAAAGACCCGCGCGUACCAUUGAUGAAGACGACUAUGGCGAUGACGACGACGAUGAAGAGGAGGAGGCCGACCAACAAACUCAACAAUCACACCCCGCCGCCGAGUCUCCUUUGCGCUCAAAACAGACUGCCUCGCCAUCCUUGUCACUCAAGCCCACCAUCACCCGCACGAGCACUUCGCAAGUCGAGAACGAAAUGUCUGGCGUAUCCAACCCUGCUCCAACCUCUGAUCCCUCGGGUAUUCAACAAGGUUCUCUCAGCAAUGCCGAUCUUGGUGCAUCAAGCUUAACCUUGAAGAAUCUCAUCGCCCGUAUAGACGCUAAACGAACCAUGGUCAACGCAAACGACACCCAACUGCGUACUCUUAUUAGCGAAGUUCGCAAAGGACGUAGCAAAUGGGCCAGUGAGGAAAAGAUUGGUCAGGAAGAGUUGUAUGAGGCUGCCGAGAAGGUCCUGAUGGAGCUAAAAGCAAUGACCGAAUACUCGACUCCUUUCUUGCAGAGGGAAUUCGUCGGGGACCUGAAUCUGAUCUGGGCCAACUGUCUCACCUACAAUGCCGAUCCCGCUCAUCCACUACGCAAAAAGGCCUUGUACAUGCGCAAAGAAACCGAUAAACUGGUUCCCCUAAUCCCCGACAUUGUCGUGAGAGAUAGAGCAGAGGUUGAGGCAGAGGAGAGACGUCUACAAAAUCUAGAUGUUGAUCUCGAGGGAGGAGAGGACAGUGACGAUGAUCAACCUAUAAUGGCAUCUCGUGGCCGUAAAGCACCAGGGAAAAGCAAGAAAGGACAGUCCAACACUACCCGACAAACGACUCCUGGUGCACCCGAAGGUACCCCGGCUGCCGAGUCUAAGCCUGCGAUCCACGCAUCAGCAUCUAGUCUGCGUAAUGAGUUUCUUCAGCCCGAUUUGGAUGUUCAUGCUGAAGCCAGUUCGAAUGGAUUCUCCACACCACCUCCUCCUGGAACAGCGACUCCACUUGGCAUGAACGGGUUGAGUCAAGCUGAUUUGAUGGAAGUGGACGGUGUCGGAAACUCAAUUGCCGUCAGCUCACAGAUUGAGGACCUGGAUGACGAUGACGCCGAGUUCAAGACCUGGAAGCAAGUCACCAAGAAAGAUAGAGCUAUGGCAGCUGCGGAGAGGAACCGUCUGUUCCGCGGUGAUCAUCUCAAUCCCGACGAACCAGCGUUGCUACGCACGAAAGCAGGAAUGCGAAGAUGGCUUCGUCAACAGAAGCAAAUCUUGAUCGAACCGACCAGUGCGCAAUCGAAGUCCGACGGCGACGAACCGGAGCCGGACGCGAGUACCACAGGUGAAACUCUGGCCGAGAUUCAGAAAGACCAAGAUCGAACACUUCCAGACUACUAUGAUGUUCUGGCAGCAAUUCCAGAUCUGAACGAACAACUGAGAUGGACCGAAGAUUCUGAAGGCAAAGUAAUACCUCAGGUCGAGGAGUAUCUGCGCGUCUUUCCAAAGGAACAAUUCACAUCCUCAGAGAGUGGCCUUACCAAACGGAUGGAAGCGAACAUGAGACAAAUGCAAGAGACUCGAAAGAUCUGCGCAAAGAUUGGCAUUGUCAAGCAAAUGCAAAUCCAGGCUCAGACCUAUCAGAAUCAAUUUCAAAAGUACGAUCCUCAGCCGUUUGUGGAGCAAGACAUCGGCGCUGUUGCCGUCUCGGAAGAUGGUCCUAUCAUGUCACCAUGGGUCUGUCGUGCUGCUUUCCAAAGAGCGGUGGGGAAGAUUUUCUACCAUGCCGGUUUCGAGGAUUUCCAGCCGUCCGCACUUGAAGCCGUCACAGACAUUGCCAGCGAUUUCUUUGGUAAGCUGAUUCGUACUUUUACUCUGUACAAUGAAGCACCCAAAGAAGAGCUCGAGACCCACAGUUUCGGUGCCGAAGAGCAGGUCCUUCACUGUCUUCACAAGAACGGCCUAGAUUUGGAAUCUCUCGAAACCUACGUCAAGGACGAUGUCGAAAGAUUGGGAUCGAAAUUGGAUGGCGUUGGUGCAUUCAACGAUGGCAGCGAUCAGUUCACCAGUGGUGACUUUGCUGCCGAUGUCGAUGAGGAUUUCUUCGGCUUCAAAGAACUUGGUCUGGCCGACGAAUUCGGUCUGGAGAGUCUCAGCGUGCCCUUGCAUCUGCUACAGAACCGCAUGCACAGCGCUUACCAGGCAAACCAUACCAGUUUGAUCACUUCAUCUGGUGUCGUGUUCCCUGUACCUACUCCUUACGAUCCGAUUUCGACAGACAACUUGCCCUCUCAGAUCGGAUUGGUUCAGGACUUCUUCGCAACCAAACUUGCGGCUAAUCAGGGACGACCUUUGAUCAGCAGUCCAAGAAAGCGACCCAUUCGGGAGCAGCAACAAGCAGCAAAGAAGCGCAGAAAGCUCGAGGAGAACAGGGACGACAGUAAAUUGGUGAAACCAAUCGGACCCCUCAAGUUGGCGUUGCCAGGAGCCAAAGACAAGGAUCCAGAACCGGAAAAAGAUCACGAAGGAAAGAAUGCCAUGAUGAGUCCGCCUGAAAGCAUUACGGCGAGUUAG